AUGCCAUUCCUCCAACACGGCCCCGUCAACCUCUACUAUGAAAUCCACGGCAGCAACACAACCAACCCACCCGUCAUCCUCUCCCACGGCUUCAGCUCUACCUCCGCCAUGUGGCAACCACAGAUCUCCACCCUCUCAGCCCACAACCGCCUCAUGAUCUGGGACAUGCGCGGCCACGGCCGCACCACCUGCCCACUAGACCAAUCCCUCUACAACGAAGCAUACACCAUCAGCGACAUGCACUUAUUGCUCACCACUCUCUUCCCCAGUGAUUCCAAGUUCAUCGUCGGAGGCCUCAGUCUGGGCGGGUACAUGUCCCUCGCCUUCUACAACGCCUACCCCGACCUAGUGCGCGCCCUGCUCAUCAUCAGCACAGGCCCAGGCUUCAAGUCGCCCAAGGCACGCGAGCAGUGGAACCAAACAGCUUACGCCCAGGCUGAUCGGUUUGAGAAGGAAGGGCUCAAGUCCCUGCAGAACCUGAGUCCCGAGCGCUCUUCUGUGACUCACGAGGAUACCUCCGGCAAGAGCCUGGCGUUGGCGGCGCGAGGAAUGUUGUCGCAGCAUACGCCGGGCGUGAUUGAGGGGUUAUGUGGGAUCAAGGUACCGAGUCUGAUUGUUUUGGGGAGUGAGGAUAAGCCUUUCAUUGGUGCGGGUGCGUACAUGGAGAAGAAGAUCAGGGGAACGCGGAAGGUGGUGUUGAAGGGCGCGGGGCAUGCGAGUAAUAUUGAUGAUGUGGAGGGCUUCAACAGAGCAGUAGUCGGGUUCUUACAGGAGCAAGGCCUAAGCGGUAGUGGAGGGGGCAGGCCGAAGUUGUGA